AUGACCUUGUUCCGUGGUGUUAUGAACAGAGCCAAACCCUUAGGAUUGGGAUGGGUGGGCCGGCGACAUCUUCAGCUUCGUAGAACCGAGUCCGGCGGAGUCGUUGGGUCCACCGUUGCCGAGAAUUGCAGCAGCUGUUUGGCGCCGUCUAUUCCCGUGAUUAAUCAGUCAUGCCUGCGACGUUACUUCUUACCACCUGCUCCGUCGUUGUGGAUUCUUGGUGAUCGUGCAGUAUUCGGACGUCGUCAUAUCUUUGAAUUGGACAUUGAGUCUGUCUUGCCGGCGGCGGAAUUUGCCGUCAUGACGAACAAUACGGCCGAGGAAGGGAAAAUCCGGCUGGUGAGGGUGGUGAGAGCUAGCUACAAACGGGGUCGUUGCUAUAAAUAUUACCUGACAUUAGAAGGGAUUGACGAGAAUGACGACGACGAUUCAUUAAAUGUUUAUUAUGCGGAAGUUCAUGCUUUUGAUACCACCAAACAGUUGCUCAAGUGGCAGCUGGUUGAUCACUCCUUUUCUUACCCUUACUGGGAAACAGGUGUGGUCCGGAAUAUUGCAGAAAAGUUUCGCCACAAUGUUGAAGGCUAUAGAAACAUGCCAAGAGCUUGGCUAGCUUCCCUGACUCUGGAUUAUCAUAACGGGACCUUUGGAGAUGCAACAGAAAGAUCAUAUGUUACUGCUCCCUGUUCUUCGUCUUCAUAUAAUGAAAUUGAAGUUGAUACUAGAGGUCCUCAUGUGACGCCUAUUUAUGAGAUGGUUGAUUGUGGAAAGAUUGUCAACCAUGCUUUAUCUGCACUGAAAAGGCUCAAUAAACAGAUGGGUAAAGAAACGUGUCUUAAGGAGGUGCUGCAUGCAAGCAAAGAAGAAGUCGACGGCAAGGUCUAUUACAUUUUAUUGUUGAAGGCAAUGAAUGAACAAAAGGAGUUCACUUUCUUGUAUGCCAUAGCUGAAGUGUCACAAAUCAAGGAAGAGCUGAUCAAAUGGCAUGUUGUUGAUGAAUUAUGUUCUGACCCUCUUGAAAUCAACAAGAUUGCCGCCGAGAAAAUACUCCCCCACCCCAAAAAAAAAGUCCAUAAUUCUCGAAACUCAAUCUGGACUACUUGUUUGAGGCAGAAUGGGUAA